UUUGGUGUUAUUGUUUCAGCAAUGCUUGCUACAAACACACAGCUUUAGAGCCAUCUCUUCCAGAACUGCACGGGUAAUUGGCAGUAAUUUAAAGGGAAAAUCGAGCUAAAGGGUAGAAAUUUUAAUAGAAGACCUUCAGAAAUGGUGCUGCCUGAUGUGAGAGACCAUCUGAAGUGCUCCAUCUGUCGGGAGAUUUAUACCGACCCCGUAACCCUGCAGUGCGGCCACAGCUUCUGCUCCACGUGUAUUCAUGAAAGGUGGGAAAACCUGAAGGAACCACUGACGUGUCCAGAAUGUUGCAGGAGUUUCAAGCCAAGGCCAGAGCUGACCAUAAAUUGGACUCUGAGGGAGAUAGUGGACAAGUUCUGCUUGAACCAGAAGGACAGUGACAUCUUCUGCACUUACUGUGUCCACUUUGAUGUAGUUGCUGUGAAAACAUGUCUCCUGUGUGAGGCUUCUCUCUGUGCCGCACACCUCCGCCGGCACAGCAGGUCCGGCAAGCACCUCCUCACUGAGCCAUCAGAUGCCUUUGAGAGCAGAAUGUGCCCCAUCCAUGGCAAAGUCCUGCUGUAUUACUGCGAGGAGGAUGGUGCCUGUAUCUGUGAGUCCUGCACCACGGAUGGAGAGCACAAGGACCACCAGGUGGAGAAACUGACCAAGGCCUCUGAGAAGAAGAAGGAGGGUUUGAGAGAGGUUUUGGACCAACUUAUCCCACACAGAAAAGAGAUUGAGGAAAAAGAACGUCAGCUAAGAGAGAACAAGAGAGUAAUAGAGGAUACGUCGGAACAUCAGAUCAAGCAAGUCAACCUCCUUCUUAGUGGCAUCAAGGAGCAAUACGAGGCCUUAGAGCAGCGAGUCCUGGGUGAGAUCUUCUGCUUCAAAAAGCAACUGUCCCUCCCAUUCACUGAUCAGCUCAAGAAACUGGAACUGAGGAGAAAUGAGCUGAGCGGGAAGAUCCGUGACGUUGAGGAGCUGGGCAACAUGGUCAACCCUGUAGCUGUUCUACAGGAAUGGAAUUCAGGAGGAUCUGCCCUUGGUUCUACCGAGGAUGGAGACAAUGAGGACAGAGGAGGAGAAGACCUAGAGGCCCCCGAUUUAAAGCAGAUGGAUCAGGUCUUAGAGACGUUGGUCACGGGGUUAAAUGGGAUAGUCGCUAAGUUUCAGAAAGAUAGUAGGCCAGUGGGUUUAAAGAAUGCCCAUAGCUCUGUGCCCCAAGGCUGUGUGGUUCCACCAAUGAACACUACGGUGUCUGUAGAUAUCACUCUCGACACAAACACAGCUUCGACCAACGUGGGGGUUUCUGCUGACCAUAAAUCAGUGUCGCACUCCCAAACCCACCAUUGUUACCCAGAAUCCCCUGAGAGAUUUCAGGAAUCUCAGGUCUUGAGUAGUGGGGUCUUCACCUCUGGCCAACACAGCUGGAAGGUGGAGGUGAGUGAACUGGGGGAAGUGAGGAUCGGGGUGGCCUAUCCCAGUAUAGCGAGGAAAGGGUUCCAGUCCUACAUUGGGGAGAAUACAAAGUCCUGGUGUUUGUACCGAUAUGAAACCACCAAUGACUUAGGAAAAAAGCAGCAGAAAUGCUCAGCGAGACACGGCAGUAGAGACACCCAUCACCCCUACAGGGUCUCCUGCCGCCGGCUGGGGGUCUUCCUGGACUAUGAGGCCGGCAAUCUGUCUUUUUAUGAGCUGAGCAACCCAGUCAGGCACUUACACACCUUCACUGCCACCUUCACCGAACCCCUGCAUGCUGCAUUCUGUGUGUGGGGGGGUGCCUCUGUGACUGUCCUUAGCUAGAGCCUGUACCCCAAUAGGAAGGGACCCUGGGUAGGACCUGAUAGAGAGACCCUUAAAUCAAAAGUAGGGGUGCCAUAGUGUUUCCCUUAGACAGUACAGUAUGGGGGUACAGCUUAUUGUGUGCCCAGAACAUU